AUGGUCCAAUGGAUCGUAAUUACAAGCCAGCAAAAUGGUGUGUCCAUCGCGACCAUCGGCACCCUUUUGGUCGCUUUACAACGGGCGUUUGAUUCAGACCACGUCAGCGCUUUCUCCUGGCUUGCGGCAAGCUUUGCUUUUACCGGCCUUGUACAGACGUAUCAAUUGACGCCAAAGAUGCCCUACAAACUUCGCGCUGCCUAUAUCACAGGCGGCAUUAUGGGUGCCGUUUUCCUGUUUCGUCAAAUGCAGCUCCGGCAUUACAAUCCACAGAGACUGUGGCUCACAAGAUUGUUCCAAUCCGACAUUCAUCCAAUUGAGCUCAUGAUCGAGGAAGCAAACCGCAACUUCACAGCUAUGAUCGCGAGUCAGUCCAAGACUAUACCCCAAGCGAUUGCAGAAUACGAACGAAGGUACCAUAUGCCUCCACCACCAGGCUUCGAGCAGUGGUUUCACAUGGCUGUAGAGUCCAAUUCGCCAAUUGUUGACAAUUUCGAUACCAUUAUGCAAUCUCUAGAACCAUUUUGGGGUAUCACCGCCAAAGAGAUGAGGGCUAGAGUUCAAGACAUGCGCGGAAUAAACCGCCAGGGCUUUUUCUCCAUCAAGAACCACAGCGUCACAAUGCCUGAAAAUACAUUGGUCCUCGGUGGUUUCGACACCACAAUAACCGGAUGGAUUGAAAGAUUCAAGGACAUCCUACCCGACAUGGACCUGGUAAUCAACGGCCUUGCCGAGCCCAGAGUGAUCGUCCCUAACGACCGCCUCGAGCACCUCGUGCAGACAUGUCCAUCAGAAGGCGAACAAACCCUCUCCUCUUCCCCCUCUCAAGCGCGCCUAAAACUCGAAUGGCAAGACCUCGCCCGACAAGAAAACUGGCAAAUGGGUGUGCGCUCCUGCCCGCAAGACUCCACCAGCCGCUCCACGACCUUCCUCCCGACCAACCACACCCUCACCCUCCCCUUCAUCUCGAACCACACCGCCUCCAAAGACUGGUGCAACGAGCCCUCCGCCUCCUACUCCCACUCCAUGUUCAUCGCGCCGUACAGUCUCAAAUUCACCAACACGCUCGUCCCCGUCUUCUCGCACGGCAAACCCUCCUCGGCGCAAGACAUCCUGUACCCAUCCCCCGACUACUCCACCAGCAUCCCCGGCGCGGGGGCCAAAUACUACGAAUCCAUGGACCCGACCUGGGACUCGAAAGUGACGCAGCUCUACUGGGCCGGCAGCGACACAGGCGGCUACGCCGCCUCACCCCUAGAAUGGCAGAAAUUCCAACGCCAGCGCUUCGUCGCCGCGGUAACCAACGCCUCUCAACCCAUCACGCUGCUGCACGACAGCAAACCGUCCCCUCUGUCCCCGCACAGCUGGCAGCCGUACCGCUCCACAAUCGCCAACCUCACCUCCCUCAUAAACGUGCAUUUCACAAGCUUCAACCUCUGCGCCAGCAAGAUCUGCGAGGAAGAAAUGGCCGCCUUACCUAGCGCGCCGCGCGAUUCGCCCGCAGAAAUGUACAAGUACCGCUUCCUGUUCGACGUGGACGGGAUGGGGCGGACGGAGCGGUUCUACCGGCUGCUCGGCUCACGGAGUUUGGUGUUUAAGCAGACGAUGUAUAGGGAGUGGCAUGAUGACCGGUUGGUGCCGUGGGUGCAUUAUGUGCCUGUCAGUUUGGGGAUGGAGGAGUUGCCUGAGCUGGUGCGGUUUUUUGGCAGGGAUGAGAGGGGGGUGGAGUUGGGGAGACGGAUUGCGAGGCAGGGAAGGCAAUGGCAUGGGAGGGCGUUGCGGGAUGUGGAUUUGGAGUUGGGGAUGGGGAGGGUGUUGGUGGAGUAUGCGAGGCUGAUGGGAGAUGAGAGGGAUAGGGCGAGGGUGUGUCCGUGGGGGAGGAGGAUGGGUUGA